GUUUAUUCGUUUCUGUUUGUGACUUGCCAGUGUCUCCCCUUCUUCCACCAAGUCUGUGUCCUGCCCUCCUCCUCUCCUUCACUCGCAGUAGGGUGUGAAGCACACAAACAACCAACAUGUCUGAGGUAAAGAAAAUGACCUCCAGCCGCAGGCAUCAUCUGAAAAGUAUAAUGCUGCAGAUUGCAGCCAACUGGCUGGAGAACGAGAAGAAAGAAAUUGCGCAAAUGAAGAAAGACUACAUGGCAGAGAACUGCCCGGCCCCUGAACUGAGCGGAGACCAGGCUGCUCUCAUUGAGGUCUGCAAGAAACUGCACCAUGCCAUCGACAAGAUCGAUGAGACAAGAUACGACGCAGAAUCCAAGGUCACCAAGGCUGAUAAAGAGAUCGAGGAGCUGAAGCUGAAGGUGGUUGAACUGGCUGGAGUCAAGAAGCCCGCCCUGAAGAAAGUGCGUAUGUCUGCUGAUGCCAUGCUCGCGGCUCUGCUCGGUGGCAAGCACAAGGUCACCAUGGACCUGAGGGCCAACCUCAAACAAGUGAAGAAGGAGGUCAAGGAGGAGCCAACAGAGGCUGUUGGUGACUGGCGUAAGAACAUUGAAGACAAGGCUGACAGGAAGAAGAUGUUCGAGACAUCCUAAAGACAUCCAGGACAGUGGUUGGCAAGGACAACAGGGGAGAUGUUCUCUUCUGAGGUCGGAGUGACUGAAUGCGUUCUAUGUUAAAACAGGCUACAGGGGACACGCUUGAUCUUUUUUUCUUGGUUUUUUGUUAUACUGUUGCACAGCAAGAAAUGAAUGUCCGUUUCAGCUAAUAGCAAGGCCAUGUGACUGGUCUUGACGUAAACCGUGAAGGAGUCCGGCAGAGGGACAUAUUUUCAAAUUGUACAGGCUUCUUGGAGUCAUUCAAAAUAAAUGCCUUGAAGUAA